UAAAGUUAACCACUUUUCCCUUUUUACAGUUACUUUUAGGAUUUUGUAUUAGGAAGCCUCGGAUGAUGAUUCCAAGAUGAUUUAGAUUGUGAUUUAAAUACCACAUGAUAUCACUGCCUUUUCUGUUUCUAUUAUCAUCACCAUCAUCAUCAUCAAAACUUGAAUCAUUCCCGACCCAUAAAAACCCACCAGAGAGACCAAAAUUUUCAUCCUCAUCGAUUCCAAUCCAUAGAGUAUUAUUAAUCCAAAGGAAAGUUAAACAUAUCACUGAUACCAAAAUGUUGUGCUGUGGACGUAAAAAGGAUGCUCGAGGUCCAAAUCAACGGAUUGUCGGUGAAGGUGGCGGCCUUGGAGCUCGUUAUAUUACUCAUCCAAAUUUCCCCAUCUAUCAAGAUCCAAUGGAUUUGUCAACGGGUACAUUAAUCGGUGGUCCACCUUUACGACGAGCAGUUCAUUUUCCGGUUUCAGCUUAUUCUUUUCAUUCUGGAGAUACUGAGGGCUCUCGUCAUCCGGAUAUGGUGAUUCAGGGUGAUUUCCGAAAGGUUAGUGGUAUUACCUCAGAGAUAUUCCGUCAAAUUGAGGCAGUUGAAAGGGAAUACGAUGCAACAACAGCGGCUCAUAUGGAGGCCGCUGAGAAACGCGGUGAAAUGUUAAUUAGACUAUUAGAUCCUCGAAGUCUUGGUAAAGCGGGAGCUGAAGUGGCAAGAAAAUAUCUUGAACCAAGUACAUCAAUGGAUGGGUCAACCAGUGUACAGUUUGUUGAAAUAGUUAAAAGACCCGGACAAACAUUAGGACUUUAUAUUCGUGAGGGUGAUGGAUUCCGUUGCUCUGAUGGUGUUUUCAUAUCAAGAAUUGCCUUAGAAAGUUCUGUGUACAAUAGUGGCCUACUUAAGGUGGGCGAUGAAAUUUUAGCUGUUAAUCUAGUUGAUGUUCGUCGUAUGUCUUUGGAUGAUGUUGUUAUCAUUAUGUCCAUACCAAGGCGAUUAGUUUUAACCAUUCGUUCAAGGGCAAGUCGUCUGGGUGGACCUUUGGUCACCGGUCCAGGGGGAAGUUUAAUGAUGGGUAAUAGAAGAUUAUAUGAAGGUGAAGAGUAUCGCCAACCUCCGGUUGUUGUGUUGAAAAAGGAGUUUGGUGAUGAAGAAUAUGGUACCGAUGAUUUAAGUUCUAAUCGUGAUGAUGAUAAUGGUCAUCAUCUUUUAACUGAUCGAUUACAAGGUUUACCUGGAGCUGAUUUACCUUUACAACCAAUGGGUGGUUAUCUUCAACAUGAUAGUGAUGCUUAUUCAGAAUCACCUUAUGGUUAUGUUAGACUUGCCCCUCGGCCUCCUAGUGCACGACCAGGUGACUCUUGGUCAGUUUCUGGUACAUUAUCUCGUAAACCUCCAUUUCCUGGUUUACCAGGUUCUAGUAUCCCUGGUAUGGCGACAGUUAAUAGUCCACUUGUUGGUCAAAGGUUUCCUAGAACAAUGGAUAGUUUAAAUCAAAUUUACUCUGGUUACAAUUCUGAUGUACCUUAUGCAAGUUUACCUCGAGGGGGAUUACCUUCAACACCGAGUCGCUCACAGAUAAUGAGUCGAUCUUUUAUGGAAAGAAGUUCACCAAAUCGUCAAGGGAAUCGUUUUUUAGGUGAAAGUGAUUACGCUGGAGUGGGCACAGGUUCACUUCGGCGUAACAUUCGUCUACUUAGAACCGAAAGUGAUAAUAAUAUAAGUCCAUUAAGUCGAGAAUAUAAUCAAGAACAUUAUAUGAGACCAAGAAGUAGAACUGUUGGUCGACCAAUGACUUCAGCCGAUUAUCAUAGUUUAGUGUCAUAUGGUAAAGGUGUAAACGAUAUAAGAUCUUCACUUUCUACCCAAGGAUUGUCAAGUAUACUUCGUAGACGAGGUCAACAUCCAUCAGCAACCGAUGGAAGUGUUUCAGAUACUGAGGUUGGAGGUAUAACGGGUUCACAUCCGCUUCAUUGGCGACAUAAACCUCCAGGUUUACCUCCAGGUCGAUAUAGUGAUAGUGGUACACCAUCAAGAGAGGGUUACCAAUGGAAGAGUAGUUCACUUCCUCGUCAAAGUGCAUCUGGACUUGCAUCAGGAAAUUAUCGCUACAAUCGUUCAAGUUCACAAAAUCGACGAGGGCAACGUGGUGGUCAAUCUGUUCGGUUUGAGCGUAAAAAUCCCGCCUACAAUUCAGCUUAUGAUGAAGACAGUGAUGGUGCAUUAUCGGCUCCCGAAUUACCAGAAAAUUAUCGGACAAAACGUUCAUUGGGUCGUCGUCACAUGAGUGGUGGUCGACUCCCUCAAGAAGAGUGUAAACAAUGGAUACCUCGAGCUCCAUCAACAUCAGCAAUUUAUGAGACAAUAAGACGGCAAACGACAGGUCGAUCAACGGCUCUUCCCUCCGGUCUAAGUUCAACCAGUCUCAGCAGGAUAGCUCAUAGUGCUGAAAGUUUACUCGACACCAUAAGAACGGAACAGCAGAAAAAUAUGCUCGCCGAUAUAUAUGCAAAUCGACCAGGAGUUGGAACUGACCGAUCAACUACUCAGUUACCUUCAACUCUUAACCCUGAUCUCUCAAGUGAUUCUGUUUCAACCAUUGGUUUGUCUCAUUCUUUGCGUCCGGUACCACCACCUCCUCCUCCUCGGCCUCUCAUCUCUUCUGCAACAGCAAUCGCCAUUGGUUCAACUCCACCGGUAGGAUUAACUAGUGGUAAUACAACUUCCGGUUCAAUUGUUCCUACAAGUGGAGUAUCAAGUGUAUCAACAGCAACUGGAUUAAUUCAAUCGUCAUUAACUGGAGACCAUCUUAGAUCAAUUCCACAUCCAACACCGGUGAAACCAUCGGAGGAAGAAAGACUUCACCUAUUAACCUUAAAUCCUCGGGAAUUUUUCAAAUAUCGUUAUGAAAAACCUCCACCGGAAGGUGAAACAUCUCCAUCAACUGGUAAUACAACAACAGGAGUAACAACAAACACAACAGGCCGAGGAACAAGUGAGGUAUCAGGUGAACCAGGUAAAGAAGUGACAACUAAACAACCUUCCGGUUUCAAUGGUAUUCUUUGGAUACAUUUACUUGCUGGUCGUGGAUUAAGAUCAGGAAAUGUUCCAACCAAUCAUCGUGACUUAUAUUGUGUUAUUGAAUGUGAUCGUGUCCACAAGGCUAGAACAGUAGUUCGAAGUGGUGAGAGUAGCUUCGAUUGGGAUGAAAUAUUUGAACUUGAUUUAGUUGAAAACAAAGAGAUUUCAUUCCUUUUAUACAGUUGGGAUCCUCAAUAUCGUCAUAAAUUGUGCUACAAGGGAUCAAUCAAUUUAAUUGGUCUCUCUUUGGUUGAAACUCCUGUUCACAGUCUUGCACUUAAAAUGGAACCAAAGGGAACUUUAUAUAUUAAAAUUCGUUAUAAAGAUAUAAGUAUUUCAUACCAGCGAACUCCUCUUAGUCCAACAAUCGCUCCAGCUAAUGCUGUUUUUGGCCUAGGAAUGGAAACUUUAGUUAACCGGGAAAAUUCUGGUCUAUCGAUUCCAUUAAUAGUUAAACGAUGCACCCAAGAAGUAGAGAAACGAGGUCUUAAUCUUGUUGGAAUCUAUCGUCUGUGUGGAUCAGCUGUACGAAAAAAGUUACUUCGUGAAUCUUUUGAGAAAAAUUCAUGGCUUGUUGAUUUGUCCGCUGAACAUGUGCCUGACAUCAAUGUUAUCACAAGUUUACUUAAAGAUUACAUUCGUGAAUUACCUGAGCCUUUAUUCACAAAGGCUCUUUUCGAUAUGAUGGUCGAUGGACUAAGUGUUUGCCUUCCCGAUGAUCCCCCAGGCAAUGCCAAGUUAAUGUUUAGCAUAUUAGAGUGUUUACCAAAGAUAAAUAGAAGUACUGUUCUUUUCCUUAUGGAUCAUCUUAAAUUGAUCGAAUCUCAUUGUGAACGUAAUAAGAUGAAUUCUUCAGCAUUGGCAACAUCAUUUGGUCCACUGUUCACAACUCAUUCUGAAAGUGAAUCAUUGAGAAAACCUAUUGAAGUGUUUAAAUUUUUAAUCGAAAUUUGGCCAAUUAGAAGAGAUUCUACCUCUCGUAGUAAUAGUGAAGAUUCAAUAUUGGAUAAUAAGCAAUUACAGUCUAAUCAAGGUGGAGUAACGGUAACAUCUACUGAUACCAAUAAUCUUAUUAAUAGUAAUAAAAUGUCCACUUCUGGUGCUAUUGUUGUAACGUCAUCAUGUCUACCGCCAUCAUCAACAUUAUCUUCCUCAUCUUUAUCCACUUCAUCAGUAGCAACAACUAUUCCUGUAAUUGGAUCACCAUUAACCUAUGUUACCUCAUCAUCACGCGAUUCUUACCAAUCUUCAUCAUCUCAACAACAACAUCAGCCUCCUUCUCAUCAUCGUCAUCGUCAUCACUCACAACAACAACAACAACAAAAUCAUCAUCAUCACCGUGAAUCUCAUCAAUCUCACCGAUUACCAAGUAAUGAUGAUGCUUUGGGAAUACCUUCAUUAACUCCUGGUCCAUCACCAACCCAAUUAAAUGAAAGACUUACACCUGAUUCACCUCCACAAUCAUUAACACGUAAUUUGCCCAAUUUGAGUGGUCAUCAAACAACAGGUCCAAUUAACAAUCAGCAACAUUAUUCAGAUUCUUACAGUUCAAAUAAUCCAUUUAGAACUGAUUACCAUAGCUCAACAAUUAAAGAUUCCGAGUCAACAACAAUCAGUGGGAUAACAACAAGAGGUGGCGGUGGUAGUGGACUAAUUAACACCUCAGGAAUGAUUUCCAGCACAAUAGUUGAUCGGUCAACGAUUAAAAAAUCUGUUGCUUGGGCAGCAGGAACCAGAAACAAUGAUGAAUCAAAUGAAUCAGAUCACAAGAGUAACAAUAACAACAAUUCAAGCAACAAUAAUCUUGAUUCUUCUGAUAAUAAUAAUAAUAAUCAUCUAAAUAAUAGUUAAUCAUCAACAACAACAACGGAUCGGCACACAAUCGUAUUUAGGUUAAAAUAAUAAUAAUCUAAAUUAUGAAAAUCUAUUCACCAUUUUCACCAUGAUAAUAACUCAUUUUGAAAUCAGAUGUCACUACAUCAACCAGUUAACUACCAAAAACAUGCAACAAUUAACAACUAAAAUCAAAUAUGAAUCGUUUUUGUUUGUCUUAAAUUGUGAUUAAUAGAUUCUUUUUUGUUUUGUUUUCUUCUUGGUGGUUUGAAAAAAAAGAAGAAUUGAUUUUAACUCUUUUUUCUUAAAAAACAAAUUUUUUUCUGCUUUUUUCGCUCUCAUUAUGUGGAGUUUGUUAAUUGUCAAAGACAGUGGUUAUUAUUUCAAUGAUUUGUUCAAAUUGUUUACAGUAAAAAAGAUUUUCGAUACAAUAAAUAUGAUUUAAGCGUA